GAUCCCAAAGUGAAAGCAAUGUGGAUGUGGGCGAAUGUGGAGAAUCUAGACAAUUUUCUGAAGGAAGUCUACACGUACUAUCUCGGAAAUGGGAUUUGGUCGAUUUUACUGAACCGGGCGUUAAGCCUCCUGACAUUCGCAUUUGUUGUAGGUUUCAGCAUCUUUCUGACGAAUUGCAUCGACUAUCGCAGUGUACGCGGUAGCAGAACGUUAGAUGACAUUUAUAUCCAGCAAUGCACCAAAAAGAUGUCGUUCUCUUCUACUUUCCUGCUGUGGUUACUCUCGCUGUUCUGGAUCGGCAAGUCCUUUCAGUAUAUCCUUGAUAUCCGAAGACUCAAGCAUAUGCAUGACUUCUACCAUUAUUUGCUCGGCAUUUCCGAUCCCGAGAUUCAAACGAUAUCCUGGCAGGAAGUGGUCAGCCGCCUGAUGACCUUACGAGACUCUAACCCAGCGACGGCCGGCGCUGUCUCUGCCAAAAACCGCAAAUUCAUGGGGAGCCAAUCCAAGCAACGAAUGGAUGCUCAUGAUAUCGCGAACCGACUGAUGCGGAAAGAAAACUACUUAAUAGCUCUGGUCAAUAAGGAUAUACUUGACCUCACACUUCCAGUCCCGUUCUUGCGGAACCGGCAACUAUUCUCACGGACGUUAGAAUGGAACAUCAAUCUGUGCGUGAUGGACUAUGUUUUCAACGAGCAGGGCCAAGUUCGAACAUUGUUUCUAAAAGAUACCCACCGACGAGCGUUGAGUGACGGCCUGCGCCGCCGAUUUAUCUUUGCCGGCAUCAUGAACAUCUUCGCAGCUCCUUUCAUUGUUGUCUACUUUAUGACUCAUUAUUUCUUUCGCUACUUUAAUGAGUACAAAAAGAAUCCGUCCCAGAUUGGGUCGCGUCAAUAUACCCCGUUGGCGGAAUGGAAGUUCCGGGAGUUCAACGAGCUCUGGCACCUUUUCGAGCGUCGCACGAAUAUGUCCUACCCAUUCGCCAGCCGCUAUGUGGAUCAGUUCCCCAAGGAUAAGACCGUCCAGGUUGCUGGAUUUGUUGCCUUCGUCUCUGGUGCGCUGGCAUCUGUGCUGGCUCUAGCGUCCGUCGUGGACCCGGAGCUGUUCUUGGGGUUUGAGAUCACUCCCGAUCGCACUGUCCUGUUCUACCUGGGUGUUUUUGGAUCUGUUUGGGCGGUCGCCCAGGGUAUGGUGCCCGAGGAGACGAACGUGUUUGAUCCCGAGUACGCGCUACUAGAGGUGAUCAACUUCACCCACUACUUUCCGGGCCAUUGGAAAGGACGAUUGCAUAGCGACGAUGUUCGGAAGGAUUUCGCCACCUUAUAUCAGAUGAAGAUUGUGAUCUUCUUGGAGGAAAUCAUGAGCAUGAUCUUCACGCCUUUCAUCCUGUGGUUCAGUCUGCCCAAAUGUAGCGACCGUCUUAUCGAUUUCUUUCGGGAGUUUACCGUUCAUGUCGAUGGCAUGGGUUACCUGUGCUCCUUUGCUGUGUUCGAUUUUAAGAAGGGCACCAACGUCAUCUCCCAAGCGGACCCUGGUCGACGAGAUCCCGCACGGCAGGACCUGCGGGCCGAUUACUUUUCCACCAAGGACGGCAAGAUGUUGGCUUCUUACUAUGGGUUCUUGGAUAAUUAUGGGGCAAAUCCACGUCCAUCCAACAAGCGACAGUUUCAUCCGCCGCCCACGUUUCCAACCCUCGGGUCACCCUCGGCUAUCGAGAUGGGCACUUAUGGUGAGCGACUGGAUGGAACGCUGGCAAGGCCUGGUUUGGCUGGCGGGAUGAUGGGCCAACAGUCUGCUUUUGGCGCUCCUCGGUUCGGCCCUCCGGGCUUAGGCGAUCACACGUCCCCCGCCCCGUCGAUGCUCCUCGAUCCGCAUCACCAACCGUCUGCGUCCGGAUUCCGCACCACUCAUCGUGCAUCAGCGUACUCUCGCUACCGUCCAUCCCGACCGUCGCGUACCAUUUCUGACCCGAUCGCCGAUGAGGAUGGGCCAUCUACGCAGGCUCGUGGUGUUGGAGUCAGAGCUUCACCGCAUGUAGCUUCGGGGUCGAGCGGGGCAGGCAUCGGAACGAGCGACACCAAUUUGGGCGAAUCGUGGCGCAUGAAUUUGGUAGACGAGAGGGACGAGGAUGGUGAGGAGAGAGAAGGCGGAGAGAAUGUGGAUGCGCUUGCUGGGGGCGCUGGGGUUUUGGGGCUGAUUCAACGCUUCCAACAAGUGAGCAAGGACAAUCGGGGGCGCACGACUGUUGGGUUAUAGGAUCCCUCUCCUGCAGACAGUGUCAGUCCGUCAGGAUGUGAAUAUGAACGAAUUCCGGAGACUUCCGGCUCUGUGAGCCUCCCGGGUCACCUCCCAGAUAGAUGGUCAUGAGUAUAAUCAUAGAGAUGAGAUUUUCAG